CCUCAUCCCCGUGCAUUGAGGUGCCUUUUACUCAGACGAACAGCUGAGAACGGAUUGAAUGGGGAAAGCGUUGCGGCGUUUCUCGCUGCUUCUGCACAUCUUGCGUUUUAAUUCCACUUUUAACCUGGAGCCAUUCAGACAGGCAUACCCAGUUCUUGUAUCAACUAUCGGAUCGGAGAAGAUUGAAAGAGAAAUACUAAAAUAAUGCCUUGAAAGUAGCUGGAAGUUUGUUUGACCGAUUACCUUUGCAAAUGGAUUUUUGGGGACAUUGUUUAAUUUAUUUUGAGAGAAGCCGAUCGGAGUUCAUUCGCGGGGAGUGUGGUGUGGGCAGAAUGUUAAUGAACGGAAAUUCGUUUUAUUAGAAAUAUUUCCGAAAGAAAAUAAAUUCGCCGCGCUGGUACGUCUGGCGCAAACUGGUAUGUAAUUCAGUGGCUUGUGCAUUUCACUCGAUCUGGGAUUGUGUUGGUAUAGCAGGCUACGUGCUGUAGUCGGAUACCUGCUCACUGGAUGAUUAUCUAAAUUGCUAAGUAGCUAUCUGUAACCACCCUCAAGCAGUUAAGCUGAACAUAUUGUAGAGACCAAAAUAUAAUUAACAUAUCCUACGUAUUUAUUUAAAGUUGGUCAUAUUGUACUUUUAAUACAAUAGCUUAAGCAUGUUUUUCAUAACAGUGAGUCAAACCCUUUUUUUUUUUUACUUCAUUGCAAAGAUGUUAACCGUGCUGUAUUAUGCGAUUGAAUUCAUGUGUUGUUAGUUUAUUAGUUGCGGUUACUUUAAGGGUAGGAGGCCCUUUUUUUAACCAUUAGUUACUUUGAAAGCCCAAAACUAUAUUUGCUCAGUAUAUCAUAUUAUUGGCCCCAAGAGCAUGGGCGAUACAGCUCUACCACAACCCUCGGCGGGCGGAUUUGUACCCAUGCUAGGUGUGGGUAUGGUAGGCUCGAUGCCAGGUGCGGUGAGCGGGCCAAUUCCGGCCCCAAGGGGGUCGGCUGUCCCGCAACUGCACAAUGCCAUAGUGGAACGUUUGCGUGCCAGGAUAGAGCUCUGCCGGAAGCACCACUCCACCUGCGAAAGCCGCUACCAGCGCGGCCAGGCGGAGAACUCGGACCGGGAGCACGAGAGCACUCUUCACCUUCUCAAUAUCGUGCACCAGGGACCGGGGAACAGAAAAACCAAGGGCAACAGAGGCGCGGCGCAGCAACCUCCAGAAUACAACAAUAGGAUAAACGGAGAGCUAAAGUCCCAAAACAGCUCCGAGGGCGAUUCAAAGCAGUCUACGCGAAUAGCACUCCAGGGAUCGUUGAGGAGGAAGAUUGAGGGGCAACCGCAAGGAUACACCCCCAAGCAGAAUGGCCUCUCCACCAGCCCCUUUGGCUCGGACUUCAAGCGACUACGCAUGGAGGGCGGCGUUUCGGGACACGGCGGCUGCGCAUUCAGCAACGGUCAACCCCACCAGGCCCUGCAGAGCGCCAUGGCGACGGGCCACGCCCUGCAGGCGAAGGAGGGCAACCUGAUGGCCCACUCGACGCAGGGUGACCGCUUCGCCCAGACACUGAGGGAGAUGAAGAAGGAGCCGGGGGAGGUCCUGCACUCCUGCGGCCGCCUGUCGUCCACUGGAGCCGGAGCCUCGGUCUUCGACUUCAAAGACGAGGGUGGAGGCCAGCUCGACCCCGAGCUCCAGGACCUGUUCGACGAGCUCACCAAGUCGGUGCCCUCGCUGGACGACCUGGAGUUCGACAAGAUCCUGAAGCAGGAAGACAACGAUGCCUUCCACCUGGAGCUGGGACGUCCCGCCUCGGCCGGAGGGGGGAAACCGGGCUGCCCUCAGCUGCACAAGGUCGUGAAGUCUGAGUACUCCCCUCCAGGGUUCUGCCAAACCUCCGGGACUUUACAGCAGCUCCGGCCCGCAUCCGCUGGCCCCGCCUUCUCAAUGGCCAAUGCGUCCCCCGUCAGCGGAGCUCCUAAAACCACCUCGGGAGGGGCCUCCAGAUCCCUGGCCCCUUGGCAGGAGGUGUCCCACGCAGAGCAGCUGAAGCAAAUGGCAGCCAAUCAGCUGCCUGCAGCCCUAAUGCACCACCCGCACCACCACCAGCAGAGCCAAGCCAGGACCGCGGCCAACUGGUCACCCGCCAUGGCCGCCUCUCACCCCUCUCCCGGCUCUUUCGGCCAGGAGAAGGUCCCGAGCCCCGUCUCUAUCCACCCCUCCCUAAACAGCCAGGCUAAAGGAAUGAACCACUGCCUCUUUAAGCCCAACGGGCACGGGCCCGCCCGCGUGGACAUGAGCGGCCUCAGCAAGCCCAUGCUGCAUUUCAGCCCCAAGGCCCAUUCAGCCGGGGGCCCGCAGGUCGCCCGCGCAGCCGGGCCCCAGGGCAAGCAGCAGCCGCCACCACCACCGCCAUCGCAGCAGCAGCAGCCUGGCCAAGGCCAGAACCAGCAUCGCACGUCCCCAAACUUCCCCAACCCCAUGCUUCCGGUCCCCACGUCCCCAUGCCUGCAGCCCAAGUCCCAGCCUCUGAAGAUGCCGCCAAACUCACACGGACCAGGUCUCCAUUUCACGCUGGCUCAGCAAAGACAGAACCCUCCUGGGCCUCACCUUUCCACAGUCAGCACGUUCCUGAACAUCCCAACACUGGGCCAACCGCAGCAACAGCCCCCACCUCCGAACGGCCAGCAAAAAGCCGGACCGAGCGCCCAGCCCGUUCACAGGCCGAUGACCCAGUCGCAGAAAAUCAUCAAUGACGCGGAUAAAAUUAGUACGCAGGAUCAGCUGAGCCGUCACUUAACAAGGCCACCUCCUGACUACAAGCAGCCGAGGAGAAAUGUGGCUACUGCACCACAGACCAAUCUGUACACAGGAGGUCUUCCACUGUGCAUUAGCUCCUCCCAGUCAUUGACAAGCACCCUGACCAAUCAGAACGCCCUUCUGACCAGCUCCUGCCAGCUUGCCACUGGUCAGCCUCCUAAAAUGGCGCCGCCUCCAAGUGACAGGAGAUUUGUGACUGGCCCAGACCCCCAAAAUGGAGGCUACGGCCAAACGGCUGUGAACCAACUGCAGCCGCGCUGCCCCCAAAACCAGAUCGGACUCAACCCAAACAAAACAAGGUUUUCAGGGCCCGGCAACCCGGGAAACGCCUUUGGAGCUGGUGCCAUGGUGACCGCCCAGCACAUCAGGCCAGCGGCGCCCCAGGAGGUUUCUAGAUUCCCAGGGCCGAGAUUGGGCAGCGUUAUGACCGGUUCUACGAUUGGGGGCCCCACGAGCUGGGCGCCAGGGCCGAAGGACAGUCUCGCCCUGGACGUCAGGAGGUACCCCGGCGCCCUGCCUCCUCAUCCCGGAGGGAAAGCCGACAUGGCCGCUCACAAAUUUAGCCAAAGGCCCCCUUUGGCCGUACCCAACCAGGUGGCCCCAGACAUCGGCCUGCUCCCUCCCGGCCAGACCCUGAACGGGCAAGCCUCGGGGGCCGGCCGGGACCCUGUGUCCAGACUUGGCCAGCCCAGAAUUCCCCCUCUGCCCGCGGUGCCCACCCUGAAUCCAGGCCCGCCGCUGCAGCAGACGCCUUCCGGAAACUUCUCAUCGCCCCCCGCCGGCCACAAUGCCCGCCCCUACCAAAGUGGCAACACAGGGACCCUGACCUUUGACUUCCUCCAAGAAGGAGACAACACAGUCCCCGGAAUCAACACUGAUUCUGACUUCAUAGACUCCCUGCUCAAGUCUGGGCCCAGUAAUGAUGACUGGAUGAAAGACAUUAACCUGGAUGAGAUUCUGGGCAGUCAGUCCUGAGUGACAGGUGGAAACAACCAUUGACGUCUAUGGUGAUACACCAUGCGCAUUUGUCACGGAACAAAGAUAAUUAACAUGAACGAUGAUGCAUUUUCUGUCUUUAAGUGUAUGUAGGGAAAAGUUUGGAAUUACUAAAGGGACCCAGUGGUUUUAAGAGCUUUUUUAGUUGUUGUUGUCAUUGCUGUUGUCAUUGUAAACCAAAUGUUUUAGUCAUGGAUAUAUUGCCUAAAUAAUAAGGUAUUAAAUUAUAUUUGACUUCUCUGUUCCUGUGGAAGUUACACAUUUCAUUUUAAUAUUUUAAAACGUGCAUAUCUGCGUCGUAAGUUGUGACUGAAAGCAGUCUUUAGGUGAUGGAAGAGAUGGUUCAUUACACUGUCUUGUUACAGCCUUUUUCAAUGUAUACUAUUGGUGCUUCCUUAUCUCUUUGGCCUAGUUGCAGCCCGAACCUUAUCAUGAAAGCUGAGGUGUCCAACCUGUGGUGUUUUGAGACGUAUUUGGUUAUUGUUCUAAGCACUUCUGAUUGUUUAACCUCUUUGCGAUCUUGAUGUCAACUCUGUAUCAGCUGAUUGAUUCUCCUUCAUUCAGUCUUCAUUAGUGACGAUGGUACUUACCCUGUCUCUGUUUCUAGCACUUUUAAUGUAAAUUAGCAGAGAAUAUAGAAAAAAUACUUUUUCUUUCAUUUAUCCAUAAUUAUGUGUGUGCGCGCAUGCACAUGUGCAUGUGUAUGUAUGUCUGUGUGUGUGUCUGUGUGUGUGUGUGUGUGUGUGUGUGUGUGUAUUUGUGUGCGUGUGUGUCAGCCGCCAUUUCUUGUCACGCCGCAGUUCACAAGUUUGGCUCAAAAUACGGGAGUCAGAGGGAGACACUUCAUGUGCAGCUGAAAAGGCAGACUUUUAGGUGCCUGAUUGACCAGUAGAGGUCACUAUUGUGCAAGGAAACCCUCUCUUCCCUGGGCAAUGCUACAGCCAACUGUGCAUCCAACACACAAUCAAUUUUGAACGUAUGUGUUUUGUUCUUAAUUAUCCAAGGAGAGAAGAAUCACCUUGGAAACCAUGUAAUUGGUGUAAAAAAGUUACUCAGUGUCAAAGAAAGCUCUUGCAUGUCCUGACAUAGCUACAGACUUUGAAUGUCACCUAUAGCACUGGAAUGAGGGAAAUGUGAAUAACACAAAAACGUUCUCACAGUGUUUCUGCAAUAUAGUGGCAGCUUUUAUAACACUGACAUAACAUUCCCCUAACAUUGUGAGAACAUUUUGUGUUAGCUGGGAGGGUACUAACCAGUAUCUUUUUAAAAGAGGCACCAUGCUAAUUACAUGAUGAGAAAUGAGAAGGGUAAUGCUCGGUAUCUGUGAUAAUUUUGAUUAGGGAUAUAAAUAUCAAAUGGCAAUUGACAUUUGCAAGGGUGACACCAGUGCCAUAGUGAAUUUGUUCCUAAUAUAUUCCAUCAUUCAUAUCUCUCUUUGUAUCACAACACGUGCAAGAACACACGACACGUCACAUCGUAUUGCAACAGUACUGGACAGAAUUCAGAGAAAUUCUGGUAAAUUCUACAGUAGUUUUCUAUUAAGGCUCUCAUCGCUAACAAUAAAAAUUAAUGGGUUUACUGCACGACUACCUGCAUAGCAUUGCUCUUACUAUUAACUUAUCCGUUUGAAAUGUCCAAGAAGAUGUAUGACAUUUCUUCAACUUAAAUAUCGGUUUCAGUUUUGUUUCUUUUGGCCUCAUUUUGUUAUUGUGUGGAUUUUCCUGUAAGGAGUUUCUGUUUGUAUAGCUGUUUUGGGGAAGAGACAGACCAAGGGGGGCCCCCUGCUACAGAUGCAAGUUUUGGUUUCACUGUAUUUUAUAUAUUCCUGAAUGUACAGCUUAUACUGUGCUAUGUACAAAAAAAUGUAAGAUAUGUUUUGAUAAAUCAUAUCAUUCAGAAGAUUAUAUUUAUACUUCUGUGAAAAAAUAUGUAGUUCAUAUUUUAUUUUGUACUGAACACUUGUUACAAAAAAAUGAUUAGCCCUCGGUGUUUAAUGUGAUGUAUAACUUACUUGUGCAGAUCAUUUUUGGCUUUGAGUAUUCAUAAUAAAGAUGUAAUUAUAACACUC